AUGGGUGACGCUUACGAACGAGAGCAACAAAACAAUGCGCUCCUCAACUCUCUCUCAUCCAAAGUCUCCGCCCUUCGCCAUGUAACGAUCGAUAUUCAUGAUAAUGCUCGGGAUCAAGACUCGCUCGAUCACUCGAACGAAGUUUUCUCAUCCUUCUCCACGAACUUGAAAGGCAGCGCCUCCCGGUUGACAAGAAUGGCGAAACAAGGCGACACCGUCGCGGUACUCAAGAUCGCAGGCAUGGUCAUUGGAGCAGGUGUCCUGCUUUACAUUAUCUUGGGCUGGAUAUUUUAA